AUGAACUCCAUUGNUAGUGAGAGAUCUUUAACAAAAUGGAGUCUUGGAGCUAGAGUUGAAACAUAUGCCCUAUGCUAUAUGUCUGUUUAUGAUAUAUCUUAUCUGUUCUUUGUUGUAUCAGUUACUGGAAUUUGGGGGCUUCUAGCCCUUCGCCUUGCUGAUGAUUCCAUUAUACCUUUCAAUUAUGUGUCUUAUGCGGAUCAGUUACAGGUGUACAAUGACAUAUUGAGCAACUUGUUAGACAAGCAAAUUUCUCUACAUCCACUAACUGCGUCGAUUCAAGAAUUUGCUUCUGCUGCCAAAGAAGCUAAUGAGGAAUCAAAGAAACUGAGACUGCAAGAAAACUCAGAUCAUUUUGUGGAUAUGAAGAUACGAGCAUUGAAUGAUAGACUGAUGCUUACGGAAAAAGGUUUCUUGGAUGUUGACGGGCUUCGAGGAAGACAAUGGUUCAAGCAUCUUGUUUUUGGGCCUCCCAGAGACCAAGAAAGCAAGUUGGAUUUCUUCCCUGGAAUAGCUGACUCUAUGUCUGAGAUGUUUAAAAUGAGUGAAAAAGAAAGGCUGGCAGCAAUUCAGCAUGAGCUUUGGAGGGUGGCCAGGGCUAUUCAAAGAGCUGCUUCAGCACUAAGAGGAGAUUUGGCCUAAAACUACUGGAAAAGAUGGAAUUUAUCUUAGUUGAACUGUAAAUAUCAGUUUCUAUUUUGUGCUUCAUUUUUACCAG